AUGCCAGGCCUACAGGAUCUUCCAUUUGAGUUACUCGAGCACAUUUGUGAACUCAUUGCCGGCAACCAAUCUCGUAACCUGAUUUCCUUUUCACAAGUCAGCAAGCUCUGUUUGGCAACGUCAUCUCAACCGCUCUGGCAUACCGUUCCGCUCAGAAUCGUCAGGCGUGACCAGGUUCAAGAUAGUGUCAAUAAACUCAGGCAUGUCCUCAACAAUCGGUUGAGCCGCGAUGGACGCGUGCGUUGCAUCUCGAUCAGAGGACGCAAAUCACUGGACGAAUCAAGCGGCAAGAGAUCGAAGCUCAGUAAUCUCCAAAAAGCACAAUUGAACAAUCUGGCGUGGCAGCCGCUUGCAGAUAUACUGACUGAGAUGCCACCUUUGUUGGAUCUGGAAUGGGAGCAACACGACUUACCACCUUGCAUCUUGCAAUCACUAAAUCGUUACCACUACGGCUGUCAAUUACACAUUGCAGGAGUGCGACUUAAUACAGACAAGACCUUGGACCCACACGAGAGGCCUACAGCGACGUCAGCAUUCAUGUAUGAAGCAUCGCUGCCCCUUGAUGGAGAGUAUGACCUCUGCGGUGAGAGCCUAAGCGCAAGAGGAAUUCGCGCCUGGUACGGAAUCCGAGUGAGCCUGGCCACAAUCGGAAAACUAUCUAGCCAUUUGACGACUGCAAGACAUCCGAUCUGGCACCAAGAUUGGGCAAAAAGAUUAGUGCACCAACCUGGUCCUGGAGAGUUUGAAUUGCCGCUGUUUGACUCAGAGGGACCUGUAAUGCGUUACAAUAUUGCUGCCCCAACAACUCUAGACCUAUCUAGCGAGUAUGAGUCCACAGGCUCUACCGCAGCUGAAAUCCGAUGUGAUGAUAUCACGAUGUGGAGUAAAGUCACAAGGUUUUCCUCCCUACGGAUGCUCAAGACAGGACGCAGUGUAGACUGGAAGGCGCUGGAAUGGAUGGCCAAAAACUGCUCGUUUGCUUCUUUGAAAACACUCAAUUUGGGCCUUCACGACGUGUCUAUGGCGUUGAAGCCAUCAACCUUGGUCGAGUUUCUAUGGAGUCUUCCGCCUCUAGAAGGUCUCAUACUGACCGGCGAGACUGAUCCCAGACAAUUCAAGGACUGGAUAGGCCAUCACGCACCCACGCUGAGGCGAUUGGCGCUGGAACCCGAAGAGAGUUACAAUAGUGCUUUCGACCUGGAGUACUUGAUGAUAUUGGCUGAAACUUCACUACCACUCCUUGAACGCUUGAGUAUCAACAUCAAGCGUACUAAAGGCAACUCGGACGAAGUCAGUAUUUACAAGAUGUUUGGAUCAAUGCCAAAGCUCCAGAGCAUCGUAUUGAGGCUAGAUUGCUCAGAUUGUGCUUUUGGUCUGCUGCCUCCCUGGGAGAAUCAUCAGUCACCUUCUGACGAGAUUUACUCCUUGGCAAUGCCAGAAGACUCCAUUGUUGACUUUUGGCAACGAAUCUGGGCGACUGAUACGAGAAUGGACGCACACGUUCGUUCUUUACAUAUCAGAGAUGCCCUUAUCAACAGUGCUGUGGAUGCGAAGCUGGCACAGGCCAUAUUUUCCACCAUACAGAAUGGAAAGCCUGCUCGGUCACUGCCUCUGGAACGACUAGAAAUACGUCCCCAUGGUGGUUGUGACUUUGGAGGGCCACUGUUUCGUUUCAGUGCAGAUUGGUCGGCUGUCAUGCAACAUAUUGAGCGAUCAUGGCUGGUCCAACGCCGAUAUCCAGGUUUAGGCUCAAAUGAGUUAACAGUCAAUCAGCUUCAAGCCGAACGUCCAGGAAAAAAGUGUCGAUUACCAAAGAAUCUCAAGACACAAGCGGAAGCUGUAUUCCGCAAGGUCUGGCCUGUGCCCGCAGGCGCCGAGGGAGACUGGCAGAAGGACUGGCACAGCUUUCCUCUUGCCGUAUGACAGGUUUCGGUUGCGAAAAUGGUUG